GAUGACACAACCCACAGAGCAAUAAAGCGUUUUAGCUUUCAUACGUUUCAAUUCAACGAAACCCACACAGCACUAAACCCUAAUUCCUCAUUCUCAGUCAUCACAUAUAUACAUUCAUAUUCAUUUUUGCUCCACCAUUUCCAGCUCCAUCAUUGCAUGGAUUCCUCAGCAGAAGACCCUCCUCCUAAAACCCUAACAACAAGGCACAAGUGCACAGCAUGCUUCAAGCAGUAUAAGAAAAAGGAGCAUCUUGUUGGACACAUGAGGGCCUCAUAUCACUCAGUUCAUCAGCCUAAGUGCGGGGUUUGUCAAAAGCAUUGCAAAACCUUUGAAUCGUUGAGAGAGCAUCUUACUGGUCCAUUGUCCAAAGCAAAUUGUUCAAGGAUCUUUGCUGACAAAGGUUGCAGCCUUUGCAUGAAAAUUUUUGACAGCCCAGCUAACCUUAGUGAACACAAAGAACUGUGUCGACUACCUGCCCCCGUUCCUCUUGCAACACUGAUAAUGCCCUGUACAGAACCUCAAGUUGAUAGGCCAUUCCCAAACAAUGGAGCCCACAACAGAGGUCUUGAAGCAGUUGCUAUAGAUUGUGAAAUGGUUGGUGGUGGAAGUGAUGGGACACUUGACCUUUGUGCGAGGGUAUGCCUGAUUGAUGAAGAUGAGAAAUUGAUUUUCCAUACAUAUGUGGAACCUCAAAUUCCUGUCACUGAUUACAGAUAUGAAAUUACUGGUAUAGGAGAAGAGCAUCUAAGGGAUGCCAUGCCGCUCAAGGAAGUGCAAGCAAGACUCUUGGAAAUCUUGUACAAUGGAGAGUCCAUUGGAAGAGUACGGUUGGAUGGUGGAAAAGCUAGGCUUCUUGUGGGUCAUGACAUAGAGCAUGAUCUGGAUUGCUUAAAAAUGAAUUAUCCUGAUCACUUGCAUAGGGAUACAGCAAAAUAUCGUCCAUAUUUGAAAACAAAUCUGGUCAGCCACUCACUCAAGUACCUCACCCGGACAUAUCUAGGGUAUGAUAUCCAAUCAGGGGUACACGAUCCAUUUGUAGAUUGUGUCUCUGCAAUGAGGUUGUACAAGAGGAUGCGAGCUCAGGAUCAUCAUGUUGUCGAAGCGGGGUUGGGAACUUCUUUUGCAGCUCAACAUGUGCAAAAUUCGAGUACCAACGUUUUUGAUUCUUGGAAAUCCAAGGAACUUGAGAGUAUGACCCCAGAUGAACUUUUUCAAAUUUCAAAACCAAACUAUAAGUGUUGGUGUUUGGAUUCAAGGCAAGAAUUGCAUGUUUGAUGGCCAAAAUUCCUGUCAUCUGUAAAUUCUUUGUUUUUUUUUCCGUCUUCAGAGCAUGGUGAUGUUGGUUUCUCUCUUUAGAUUUUUCAUGGGAGCUGGAUGCUAAUAUUGUUAGAAAUGGCCUUUUGAGUUGGAAGGUUUCCGUAAAUGGAGUUAUAAAAUUUAAGGGUUAGUCAUUAGCGGUUGUUUCAUUUGGUCGCUAUGGUUUCAAAAUACAGAAACAGCUUUUUUGCAUGUUGGAGUGAAGAGCCUUAUGUACUAGUUUUUAUUUUUCGUUUUAAAUUAACUAUCUUCUAAGUU